UGGCCUCUAUUAUGUCCUUAGCAAUGUCUGGCAAUUCCCAACAAUAUGGAGGACUAAGAACUGUUACUAAGUACUACCCAGUACUACUCAGUACCAUAGGCUUCCCCCUCCUAGCAGUGCACCUAGUUUCCCUGGGAAUUACCUGGUACUGUAUAGAGUACAAAAAGAUAUUCCACUGGCCCAAGGAUUAUAUGUGCUUUGGCCUAUUGGCAGCAGUGGUAAUACUGGUAGCUGUGGUAGCGAUUGCGGUGGCAUACUCCGGAGAACUCGAGGAUGAACAUGUGCAAUACACCCUUCUGGGCUACUCAAUAUUACUGAUGGUACCAGUAUUCUGGUAUGCAUACCGAUGUGGUCUACUUACAUGGAGAUGGAAUUCUUGUCUCCCCAAGAAGAAGAGUCUCAAUGGUAAUGACACUGCUGAACACACGGAAUCAGGCACUGAUAUCGCAAAGGAAUCAUAGUGGUGAGAAUGACUACAGUACCACCCUGAUAGACUUAAUGGCCCAACUUGGGAUAACCCAAUAUGAACUG